GCGCGCGGCGGGAGAAGCGGCAGAGCGGUGAGGCGGGCGUGCGGCCGAGGGCAGGGCGACGGGGCAUCGGGGCAUCGCGCUGACGGGCGGCCCGAGAGGUGGCUGCGCGACCAGGAGUCGAGGCCGAGGCCGAGGCCCAGGCCCAGGCCCCGGGGGGCGGAGCCUGACAGCAAUCCCGACCCUUCCCCCACCCCCUCUCCAUCAUCCCGGAGCCGAGCGCAGACGGAGAUUGCCGAGCGGGGCGGCGGCGGCGGCGUCGGCGGGGCCUACUCGGCGACACCGAGGAGGCGGAGCGUAGCCGAGCCGGAGUGCCAGGCCGCGGGAGCAGUUCCCUCCUCGCACCGCCCAGGGCACGCAGCAAGAUGGCAGCCAACAUGUACCGGGUCGGAGAUUACGUUUACUUUGAGAAUUCAUCAAGCAAUCCUUUCUUAAUCCGAAGAAUUGAGGAACUUAAUAAGAAAAAGACUCUUUCGUGUCAAAGUGAAAACAGAUCUCUGCAAAGUGAUGUAAAUUAAUUACAAAUAUAAAACACAAAAUAAUUGAUUACACUGCAAAUGGCAACGUUGAAGCAAAAGUGGUUUGCUUUUACAGAAGACGAGAUAUACCAAGCACCCUUAUCGGACUGGCAGACAAACAUGCAACUACUACAUGUGAUGUUGCUGAACAUUGAGAAAUGUCAAGAGUUGGAUAAUUGUGAUCCAACACUACUGGCUGAGGUCCCAGAUGUUCCACAAGAAACACUGCCUAAAGCUGAAGAUCUAGAGGAGGAAAUGGAAACAGAAGCAGAGACUGACAACCCACAGCAGUUGACAGAAAAGCAGCAACACCAGUUGAAACAUCGAGAGCUGUUCCUAUCACGGCAACUCGAAUCUUUACCAGCAACGCACAUACGAGGUAAAUGCAGUGUCACUCUGCUAAAUGAAACUGAAGCAGUCUUUUCGUAUCUGGAGAAAGAGGACUCCUUUUUUUAUUGCCUAGUUUAUGAUCCACAACAGAAAACACUGCUGGCAGAUAAAGGUGAGAUCCGUGUUGGUCCCAGAUACCAAGCGGAUAUCCCUGACCUGCUCAAAGAAGAUGAAGAUGAUGAAAGAGACCAGUUAAAACUUGAAGUCAAAAUCUGGGACCCAGACAGUCCAUUGACUGACAGGCAGAUUGACCAGUUUUUAGUCCUUGCACGAUCUGUUGGGACGUUUGCUCGGGCCUUAGACUGUAGCAGCUCUAUACGGCAACCAAGUUUGCACAUGAGCGCUGCUGCUGCCUCCAGAGAUAUCACAUUGUUUCACUCCAUGGAUACAUUGCAUAAAAAUAACUAUGAUGUGUCGAAAGCAAUUUCGGCCUUGGUGCCUCAGGGAGGGCCUGUGCUGUGCCGGGAUGAAAUGGAAGAAUGGUCAGCCUCUGAAGCAAACCUAUUUGAGGAAGCUCUUGAAAAAUACGGCAAGGAUUUUAGUGACAUUCGACAAGACUUUCUUCCCUGGAAAUCACUAACCAGUAUAAUCGAGUACUAUUACAUGUGGAAGACCACGGACAGAUAUGUGCAGCAGAAACGUUUGAAAGCAGCUGAAGCUGAAAGCCGAUUAAAACAGGUGUACAUCCCCAACUACAACAAACCAAACCCCAACCAGAUCAAUGUGAAUAACACAGUUGCUAAGCCAGGGAUGGUGAAUGGAGCUGGGUUCCAGGGCCAGAAUGGAGGAGCCGGCCGAGCCUGUGAGAGCUGCUACACAACUCAGUCAUAUCAGUGGUACUCUUGGGGCCCUCCUAAUAUGCAGUGCAGACUUUGUGCAGCUUGUUGGAACUACUGGAAGAAAUACGGUGGCCUAAAAAUGCCAACAAGACUCGAGGGUGAGAGACCUGGACCUAACCGUAAUAGCUCAAAUCCACAUGGGUACUGGGUGAAGAAUGCUAACCCCAAGUUUACACUGAAGACUAGGCAGGCCUUCUGUCUCCAGACAACGAGAUUAACCAAAAUUGCACGGUAUUACUGUCGGAACCUGUUCCGUCCGCGGCAGGCAGCACGGCGUCCAUUUUUACCAAUCAACAGUGCAGCUAUCAAAGCCGAAUGCACUGCUAGACUUCCAGAAAUUGGGGAGAAAUCAGUUAAACUCAAACCCAUCAUCAGGAAGUCCCUGGAAUCUAUAGUAAAAUACUUGGAACUCCAUCCACCUGUUAAGGCCGUCCCUAGUCUUGCUGUGCAUGGAGGAAGUGUGACUCCUGCGAAAGUGCUGCCUGUCCUGAAUCAUGGCUCUCCAACAAUUCUGGGCAAGCGUGGAUAUGAGCAACACAACGGCAUUGAUGGCACUAUGAAGAAACGUCUGUUGAUGCCGUUUAGGGGUAAGACAAUUGCGCAGUCGUGCUCACGGCCACACACUCAUCCUAAUCAUGGACAAGUUAGACAGAUGACGGCCAUUAACCGGGGUUACAUGAUAAAUGGGAAGCCAUACUCAAGAAACUCUAAGGUGCUGAAGCCUGGCUCCCUUCCACCAAUGAAGGGGAGGAGAAUGAACUGGAUUGAUGCACCUGAUGAUGUGCUUUUCAUAGCAACAGAUGAGACUCGGAAAGUACGCAAGUUGUUGGGCCCAGUUGAUAUGAAGAGAGCAGCACGCCAACCCUACAGGCAGAUUCUCAUCCAACAAGGACGUGCGUCUUCUGCGUCACAGCAGCCCAGGCAGCCCAUGAAUGAAGAGCCAAUCAUCAUUGAGGAUUAAUGCCAAGCACAGUUUUAAAUAAAGCAAGAGACUGUAGUCCCUGUUAUACUUGAACCUUCAGUACGCAUGAAGUAGAGCUCCUGAACUAGACUCCGAAUCAAGUGCUUGUCAGCCUCGCGUUUAAGAUCAAAUUGAAGGAUUAUUAUUUGAGUUAGAUUUCCAGUAUCCCUGCGGAAUGGAUGAUGGCAGUGGAUGAACAUUGACUGGUGGCUACAGUUACAGGCAGCUUCAACAGCUCCGCUGCAUUCACCAUUGUCCUCAAGAAGUGGAGCUGCCAGGUGAUGUUAUUUGCGAACCUGAAUGGCCUGUGGUUCUCUUUGUUCUUCGAACUAGCCUCUGCUCCAGUUUGUGCUGCUGUGGGGCCAGAACAGUGUGGUUGUCUUUGGUUUGGCAAAAGGUUUUUUAAGAAAAAGAAAAGGAAAGAAAAAAAAACAUAAGAAUUCCUUUUAUUUUGAGAAUUGUCUGUAAUAGUUUAAGGAGGUGCCGUUUAUCCUCAGUUUAAGAAGCAAGUUUUGUUUUUAUGGACGGGUUGGCGUGCAGUUAAUGCAGUGCAUUGUUUUUGCAUGUUACACUGUAUAUUGUAUCCUUGAUCCCAUUUAAAAUGGUGCCGUUUUCCAAUGGAGCAGAAGAGGAAAAAAACUUUCUUAAAGACUUUUUUUCAUGUAUGACCUUGAAUCUUUUCAUCACUUGAGAUUCGUUAUUGCAAGUUUCACAGUGAAUAAUUAUGUACAAAAUAUUUUUCCAUGUUUCUGACUUGGGUUGUGUUUGAAGCACCCUGAUUUUCACAGUGAGAUAUAUUACUACUACAAGGUUCAAUAGUUUAGUGUGCUGAUAUGUACAUACACUGCAAUUGUAGUUGGUAAGUUAGUGUUAUUCAGUCAUUCCAUAGAAUUCAGGGGAGGGGCAGGGGUGUAAAGUUUGACUGAUUCUCUCUUUGUUACAGCAUAAGGUAGUACAGCGCCUGCUGGAGGCAACUUGGGACAGUGCCCAUCGCAGAACAUUCAAAUGAAGGUCAUCCUCAGCCAUUCACAAAUAAAGCAUCAAAUGAAAUACUACAAGUUAUUUUCUUUUAAUCCAACCUCUUAUUUGUUUAACUGUUGUUCUGUUGUUUUGAUUUGACAAGUGUAAUACUGUGCCUUUUCAGCAUCUCUGUGAGCUCUUGCACCAUAGAGGUUGUACAUUCUGACAGUCAGUGAAAAAAACAGUGUAGCAUUAAUUUUCACUUUGAUCCAAGCAUGAUUUGCAACUUGCUAAGAGCUGCACAUUCUUCCACUGCUUCACACUGGUGCUCUUCUGAUGAUGCUGAGUGUCUGGGGAAUAGCACUCAACAGGUUGACCCUUGCUGAGUACAUUCUCUGCAGUUGCUGACAUUCCUAAAAGUACCAACUCUUGAAUUGCAGGAGCUGAUGGUGAAGUUGAUAAUGGAUUUUUUUUAUAUAUCUGGCAAAUGUGAGCUUGAGACAUUGUCACAAACAUUCAGAAGUUUAUUAAAUGACAGAAGAAGAGCCAUUGUAGAACUUUUACUCAUGCUCAUCUUCAGUCUUCUCAAUUUGGGUGUAACUCACUCUGUUUUUGAUUGCUUCCAGCUGUACUAAUCCAGUGGUGCCUGCAAUCUAUAGCUCUUCAGACACCAUGUGAUGCUAGUGUCUGACAAAUCCUCAGGAUGUAAUAACAUAUCUAAAUAUCUUAGUCUUUUUAUACCUGUGCUUCCAGGACACAGAGGCUGGUGUUUAAGAUUAGUGAGGCAUAAAAUGUAUUGGUCACUUUCAAAAAAAAUCUUGAUUGCUGAAUGUAAAGUGUAUGUCGCCAAGGCAGGAAAGUAGAUGCUGUUUUAAAUAGAAGAGUUUAUUAGCAGAGCUAAUAUAAAGGCUAGCUAUUAAUUGCAUCUCUAAAAGUUGCCAUAGAUGCCUAAAAUAAUCAUAUUGCACUUUUUUAAAAUCAGAGACGAAGCCACUCUAAUCCCUUUUCCCAAUAGAAAUCAGAGGAUUUAAAAGGUCUGCUAGCUCUCUUUGCUUGUCCAUUUUGUGGACAGUUCUGAUUUGAGCAUUUACCCCUGCAAUCAGCUGUUUACAUGUCCUGACAUAAUUUGGGGAAGUCCAAAACCAAUUUAGAAUUUCAGAAAUGCCUUUCAAUCUCAAUUCCUACAGAAAUUACCUAUCUGCUUCUUGCAUGCAAGAAUUUGGUUCCUUUUUGAUAUUGCCUCAAUCUGCCUUUGUCAUGUAUUCUGCUUACCGAUUGCUUUUUUAUAUGCUUUGGUAAUGCAUCAGAUGCUUAUCUUGUCAAAAGAUUGGAUGUUGUUUGGAGGAGGGCUUUGCUUAUUCACCCCCACCCCCCCUCAUGACCAUGUGUCAGAUGACAGUAAAUGUCCUCAUUGUUUUGUAUGGGCACGGACACAGCUAUCCCUAGAAACUGACCAGUUAACUAUUCUUAGCUGUGCUCGCUUGUUCUUAAACAUUGAAGUUGUUUCCUUUACCUCACUAUGUUAUGUUGAAUUACUACUUGUGGUGUACGCUAACUUUUGAAUCCUUAAUUCUGGCUUGGUCAGUUCCUGCUUUCUCAGUUUCCAGGUCAUAUUGUGAUCGUUACAUUCCUGUAAAAUAUAUAAUAAUGCUUAUCUCUGGAUUGAUUGGAAUGGUCAUUGUAACCUUCGCAAUCGAUUGUUGUGAAGUAGACUCUUUUACUCUAACCAAUUCCUAUGAACAAUUAAUACUGAAAACUGAGGAAGGAAGUUCGGUUACCAUGUUGAGAAAUUAACAUUUGAUAACUUUGAAUGUUGAAAGCAGCAAAUUGUUAGUCUGGAACAAAGAUUCAGAAUUGUUUAAUGCCAUUUCCUGUACGCAAGUGUAAGGAAAAUGAAAUAAUAAUUCCUCCGGAUCUAAUGCAGCAGGAAAAAAAAACACAAAAGUAAAGAACACAAUAAUAAUAAUAAAAACACAAUAAAUAUAAAUCCAUAAGAUAGCUUAUAUACAUUGAUUAUAUGUCCAUAAAGUGAUACUAGCUGUGCAUAAGGUGACUGAUGGGUAAAUAAUAAAGUUGUGGUGAAGUUAGAGGGUGGAGUUGCUGAUCACCCUUCCUGCUUUUGAGUCUGAUGGUCCUAACAUGGAUGCUAUGUAGCCUGGUCAAGAGAGUGGAAGAACAGUCCAUGAGCAAGGUGGGUGGGAUCCUUCAUGAUGUUACUGGCUCUUUUCCGGCAGCUUUCUGUAUAUAUGUCCUAACUGUCAGGUAGGCUGGUGCCGAUGAUGCGUUGUUAUCAUUCAGUUAAAAAACUGAAGUUGUUAGGAAACUUUUAACUCCACUUCUGUGAAGUACCUUUUUGUUAAGUCCUACUUCUUAGCAGCUUGUGAUUAGUAAACAUUUGCAGUCUGUUCUUACCUAAUUUCAUGCUUCUUUAUGAAGAAAAGCUAUUCUGUAGGGUGCCCAAUAAACUGUCAUCUCUAUAAGGGUAUUGCGUGUCAAUAUUCAGAGGCAGAGCUUGAAGCCAUUGUUGAAACAUUGAAGAAAAAUGGGCUUACACUAGAAUAAACAUGUAUCAACCUGUCCUUGCUUUACGAUAAUGCUCCUUUCACAAGCUCCUAGAAAAAAUGAACUAUAGCAGGUUAGGGAAACCACUAAAUGUAGACACAAAAAGUACAACAGAUGCUGUAAGUCUAGAGCAAUACACACAAUGUGCUGGAGGAGCUCAGCAGGCCAGGUAGCAUCUCUGGAUGGGAACAAACUGUAUGACCUGCUGAGCUCCUCCAUCACAUUGUGUGUAUAACCACCAAAUGUAACUUCCCCAUUAACUUAUGGAAAUCUCAAUAUUGAGAACUUUGAGUCUGCUCACUGGGAACAUAUGAAAGCCCAGAGGAAAAGGUCACUUUCUACCCCACUAAUGACAGAAUCUGUAAGUCCUAUUUUGGCCAUAUCAGUCAUGCAACACAGACUGCUUAAAGAUUUAAUUAGAUUUUAAGUUCUCCAAAGCCAUUAAGGAUCUACUUCAUAAAACUGUAACAGCAAUUAAUAGCUCACAUUACAUAAACACAUCUUAACAAAUAGUUAUUUUGCUACCAUUCCACAGUCAAUAAAUUGUUCUAUGUUGUGUAUGGUGCACCCAUGGUUCAUCCCAUCAACCUUCAUUUCACCCUCCUCAUAUUUACUUAGUUUCAUUUUAAAUGAAACUUCAAUCUCUCAGGGUCAAGGUCAAUUUGCUUCCAUGCUACUUAGAAUGUGGAAACAUGCAGGAGUACAGUAGAGAAAGGUAGAAAUACAAAGUAUUCUGCAGAUUCUGGGAAUCUUGAGCAACACACAAAAUUCUGCAGGAAUUCAGCAGCAUCAAUGGAAGGGUAUACAAGUCGAUAUUUUGAGCAGAGUCCUGAGGAAGGGUCUUGGCCUGAAACAUGACUGUUUAUUCUCCGUAGAUGCUGCCUGGCCUGCUGUAUUCCUCCAGCAUUCUGUGUGAAGCACAAAGUAGAUUUUAAAUGUUAAGAGCGUGAAAGUUGUUGGUGUUCAGAAGGCUGGUGUGUAGGCCUCUGUUAGUCUUGAUAGACCAUGGAAAGUUUCCAGGGUGCAAGCCUGGGCAAGGUUCAUUUUUAUGGAAGACCGGCAGUUGCCCAUGGUGGCGUGGGAGUAUUUCUCUCCUCUCCACGCCACCAAUGUUGUCCAAGGGAAGGGUGUGCUGGUAAAGAAAUACUGACAUUUUAGCCCCAUGCUUAAUUACUGAGUAUAUUCAAAACGUAAGUGAAGAUUAGCAAGGAUUAGUACAAGAAAGUGGGGUGAAGGUAAAGUGUUUGCAAGUUCCAAUGCUACAAGCACACUGCUAAACUGGAGGGAACAUUAUAAAGAAAAUUGGUUUCAAAAUUGAAAUAUCCAUUAGAAGAUCUCAAACAAAAAUUAUUACUUGAUUAAUAUUGUUAUUCUUCACAUAUUUAGUUGGAUGGCUCAUGUGUAGAAUGUUUUAUUUAAAUUUAAAAGUCAUGUAUGUUGGACCUGUGUUUGUAUAAAUAUUUCACAUGAAGUACCUAUUUCUGAUGAAUGGUUUGUGUUAGAAAACCCUUCAUAACUUUUGAUAAAGUCCCACAUAGGAGAUUAGUGGGCAAAAUUAGGGCACAUAGUAUUGGGAGCAGAGUACUGACAUGGAUUGAAAAUUGGCUGGCUGACAGGAAACAAAGAGUAGUGAUUAACGGGUCCCUUUCAAAAUGGCAGGCUGUGACCAGUGGGGUACCGCAAGGUUCGGUGCUGGGACUGCAGCUGUUUACAAUAUACAUUAAUGAUUUAGAUGAAGGGAUUAAAAGUAAUUUAGCAAAUUUGCCGAUGACGCAAAGCUGGGUGGCAGUGUGAAAUGUCAGGAGGAUGUUAUGAGAGUGCAGGGUGACUUGGACAAGUAGGGUGAGUGGGCAAAUGUAUGGCAGAUGCAGUUUAAUGUGAUGGCAGAUGCAGUUUAAUGUGGAUAAAUGUGAGGUUAUCCACUUUGGUGGCAAGAACAGGAAGGCAGAUUACUAUCUAAAUGGAGUCAAGUUAGGAAAAGGGGAAGUACAACGAGAUCUCGGUGUUCUUGUACAUCAGUCAAUGAAAGCAAGCAUGCAGGUACAGCAGGCAGUGAAGAAAGCUAAUGGCAUGCUGGCUUUUAUAACAAGAGGAAUUGAGUAUAGGAGUAAAGAGGUCCUUCUGCAGCUGUACUGGGCCCUGGUGAGACCCCACCUGGAGUAUUGUGUGCAGUUUUGGUCUCCAAAUUUGAGGAGGGACAUUCUUGCUAUUGAGGGAGUGCAGCAUAGAUUCACAAGGUUAAUUCCUGGAAUGGCGGGACUGUCAUAUGUUGAAAGAUUGGAGUGACUGGGCUUGUAUACACUGGAAUUUAGAAGGACGAGAGGGGAUCUUAUUGAAACAUAUAAGAUUAUUAAGGGAUUGGACACACUGGAGGCAGGAAGCAUGUUCCCACUGAUGGGUGAGUCCAGAACUAGAGGCCACAGUUUAAGAAUAAGGGGUAGGCCAUUUUGAACAGAGAUGCGGAAAAACUUUUUCACCCAGAGAGUGGUGGAUAUGUGGAAUGCUCUGCCCCAGAACGCAGUGGAGUCCAAGUCUCUGGAUGCUUUCAAGAGAGGGUUAGAUAGAGCUCUUAUAGAUAGCGGGAUUAAGGGAUAUGGAGAGAGGGCAGGAACGGGGUACUGAAUGUGUAUGAUCAGCCAUGAUCACAGUGAAUGGCGGUGCUGGCUAGAAGGGCCGAAUGGCCUAGUCCUGUACCUACUGUUCAUUGUCUAUAACUCCCCACAUUACUAAUAUUCCUUACUGCCAUAUGUCAGGCUUUAUGAUUCAGUCAUACACUUUGAUCACAGGAUGUGUCCAUUUACUGCUAUGGGUUCCUGAUUCUUGAAUUAAGAGUGAGCACUGUCACUGAAUUAAUUUACAUUAAUCUCAUUUGUUUUCUUUAUAAGUCAGAAACCUCUCAAAGAUAUUCAGAUUUCUGAAAGCUCCAAAUUCAAAGUAAGUUUACUAUUACAAUAUGGCGUUUAUAGAAAAAAAGUAAUUGAAUUUAAGAAAAGCUAUACAUAAAUUGAUAACGACCAUUGUGCAAAAAAAGACAAACUGCAAAUAAAAAAA